CGCCGCCGUGACGCCAGAGGACGCCGGGGACGCGUCGCGCGCGCGGCGUCAGGCGCCGCCCCGUCGCAAGAUGGCGGAGCUGGACUUGCUGGGCUCCAUCCUCAGCUCCAUGGAGCGGCCGCCCGCCGCGGCCGACGGCGAGGCGCGGCGCCGGGCGCGGGAGCAAGCGGCGCGCAUGAAGAAGCUGCAGGAGCAGGAGAAGCGCCAGAAGGUGGAGUUCAGGAAGAGGAUGGAGCAGGAGGUGUCCCAGUUCAUCCAGGCCACCGGCGAGCCCCGGCGCCGCUUCCAGCCCAUGAACAAGAUUGAGAGGAGCAUCCUGCACGACGUGGCCGAGGUGGCCGGCCUGACGUCGUUCUCCUUCGGCGACGACGAGGACAGCCGCUACGUCAUGGUGUUCAAGAAGGAGUUCGCGCCCUGUGACGAGGAGCUGGAGGCGUACCGGCGCGGGGAGGAGUGGGACCCGGCCCGGGCCGAGGAGCGGCGCCGCCUCCGGGAGCUGGCGGCACAGCAGGAGGAGGCGGAGCUUGAGUCCGGCCCCGCCCCCCCGGGCCCCCCCACCGACUACAAGGACAAAUACCGGCACCUGAUUGGCUGCGAGGCCGCCAAGGCCGCCGCCCGCACCAUGGAGGCCAACAAGGCGUACGGCUGCGUGCCCGUGGCCAACAAGCGGGACACGCGCUCCAUCGAGGAGGCCAUGAACGAGAUCCGCGCCAAGAAGCGGCUGCGGCGGGCGGGGGACGGGGACGGGGCCGGCCCCGGGGGGCCCUGCGCGUGAGGGGGGGCUGGGGGG